CAAACGCGCUUGCGUGUGCUUUUGCGUUAUUAUCAUCCCUAUAACGUAAAUAAAGGAAAUUUAGGUGACGCUAUUAUGUACGUAAUACCUGACAUGUGUCCCAGAUAUUUAAGCCGACAUCGAUCUGCCAACCAAGUGUAGUAUAUACCAGCGUGUCGCAAAAGUGUGGGAUGGAACGUUGGUGGUAACUUUCACAUUUUAUGAAGUUGUCCUCGCGAAUAAAACGAACAAUCAACAUGUGGAGUGAUGUAAAAACACGAAAUCCCGUAAACAUCGAAAUUUGAGAAAAUUCGAGAAAAUUUCGGAAAUCGACGAAGACUUGCAAUUGAUCAAGUAUUGACAUAAACUCGCGCGAAGGAAUAUUCCGGUGAAUAAUUCGCGAGUUUUGCCGACCUUCGGAGAAGUUAUGCGAAAGUAGAGACAGACAGACACACACACACACACACACAUGGUGUUUACGCGAUUAAAACUUCAGUCCGGUUUAAUGUUAAAUGUCGCUGGGUCAUUAACAAGGAGAAACAGCUUGUAUAAGAUACGAGUGGGCUUCAUUUAGAACGGGACUACUUCGUCACGGUGGUCGGUGUCACAUUGGCGUUACGUCGUUUAUGUGGAAAGAUACAAAACACGCGUGAAGAAAAUCGCGUGGUUAAUUAAGGACAAUAUUUUCUGUCAAUAUAUAACACGUAACGAGUCUUAAGUGCGACCGAUAGGUUCUGCAAGCAGACGAUGUGACUAAUAAGUUUUGCAAAGUUUUGCUGAGCUUUGUGCGGUCGAGGUGAACGCGAACUACCGGUUUACCGGUUUAGUUUUAUUGCCUCUUUGUAAAACCACGCGAAACGUACAUAAUAUAACGUAGAACGAAUAUUAACGGAGAGAACGAGACGAGAUCGAGUUCUCUCGAAUAAAUAAAACACAUCGAGACAAUCUGUUUCAUUGUUGAAUCCAACAAGAACGCGCGAAGAACAACGGCUCAACUCGAAGAAGUGGAUCAGAGGCACGGAUGCGUUACGAAUGUUCCAUGAUUAAUACGAUAUCCCGAUCGGGACGAGACGAAGUUCCGACGACGAAGGAAGCUGGUCGAAAUUUGGAGGAAGGAUGACGCGCGCGUCUCACGCGCGAGUAAACCCGCCAAGAAGGAUCCAUAAAGUCGAACGGUCGCGGAGUAGUCUCGGCCACACCUCAUGCUUCUUGAACGAAGAGAGCGGCGUGGAUCCAGCGAGCUUUUCCGACGAGAGGCGUAUCCGGAAGCGAUAGAUACCUUUACGAGACGAUCGACGCCGAUCUUUCCCCGAAGCGACGUGGAUCAGAAUUACGCUCGUCUCGAUCCUCGCGCGAUAACGAUCGGCGGCAGCACGCGCGCGUUGCGCAUUAUCAUCGUCUCGAUCGCGAUCCGCGAGAUUUUCUCCGGGCGAGCUUAUUAACGGAGCAAUCGAAGGAGAAUUGCGGUUCCGGGAGAGAUAAAGAGAAUUAACGAGGAAAGAGGAAAAUAGAAGAAUAAUUAACUUCACCGGGGCACUAAUUAGCCGCGUUACAAGCCGUGUUCCAAUGUUAUUUGCGAGGAGCGGGAAGAGACGCGAUCAAAGGAGCGACAUCGGAUUGGCGGAACGACGAUAAAAACGGGAUAAUGCAGAAGACAGCGAUGAGGACUGCGGUGGCCUACAGCCUUCGCAACAGCAGCAAUAAUAAUAAUGUUUACGGGGAUGCGAACAACGCCCUGCCGGAAUACGACAGCUCGUCGUCGACCAGUAGGAGCGGUUUCGACGCGGAUCUUCGACACGGCAACGUUAACGUCCUUCUCGGAUGCGCCAUGAUCAUCAGUGGUGUGAUCAUGAUGGUGGUGCUCGUAUGCUAUUGCUGUCACAAGAACGUCCGGAAACAUCGACCUCAGCAAUAUUCGCAGUACAACUGGAGAGCCGAACCAGACGUUCAUAGCUUAGAGGUCUUCACAAUGGACGCCCAUGCCAUGCAAUGCCUGGAGAGAUCAGCGGGGACCCAGACCCAUCAGGAAGAGGGAGUGCCCGCAUCUCUUCCGCCGUGUCCCGUGACCUCAGGCCCACCACCAGCCUACGAAAGCCUCAUUUUCAAUCCCCGAGCGUUACCUUCGCCAACUGACAAGAAGGACGAGUCCGACGAUCCCGGCAGCAUUCUAUCGCCGCCGGUGAGCAAUCUGCCCAGCGAGUCGGAGGCCAAUAGAAUCAACAAGCGAGAGGAUGUCCCGAGGGACGAUCAGGGUUUACCUUCCUACGAGGCCGCCCUAAAAUUAGAAGCUGACGGCUACGUCUAAAGACCGAAUGGAGGUCGGAAACCCGCUUUCGACCGCGGAUUCUCAGUCAUGAAAAUUUCAGAGCGCCGAAAGACGCAACGCGCCCGAGUCACGAACAGAACCAACGUAAGCUUCUACGUAAACGCGACAACCUGAACAAACGGCAGCUAAGGUUAAUCUCGACGCGAAAGCGCAUCGGUGAAAGUUGUCGUACCGGACGAUGUAUAUGGGAGCUGAGAUUGAUUCUAAGGAAAGGGAAGAAAAGAGAAAGAUAUACACACGAGUUUAUUUAUUUUUCACCUCGAGUCUUUUCUAUGCUUGACCUCGAUAUAUAAGAAAAGACAAUGAAACGGACAAUGGGUUUUCAUUUGUUAUAGAUUCGGCAGGGAAGAAGAAAUAUAGAUAUAGAUCAAUCGCGAUUGUUUUUCGCGUUCAACUAACGUGCGGAAUAUAAGGACGAAAUAUUUUAAGAAAUAAUGCUUCUUGUUAUUUUUUCUUGAGCAAAGAAUAUUCCGAAAUUGUGAACAAGAAGAAGACUGCGAAAGACAAAUGUGACGAAGUGCUUUAAAUUCGUUUAUCUUCGGAAACGUGUGUAAACGUGAGACAAAAUGAAAGGAAAACGGCGAGGUAAUUUUUCGGAAAAGCACGUACUGUUUUUCUUUCCUUCUUGCCGCCCGAGCGAAGUAACACGCAAGAUUCACGAACUUUCAUUCGCUACGAGAAAAGUUGCAAGAAAGUUUUCGAAAAAAUGCGAUAUCUCGAUUUUUUUACUUUCCAAUUGAUGAUCUCUUUGAUCAUAACUUAAUAUUUUUAAACGUGCAUUUGUACAUAAGAGCGUAGUAUAAACAUGACAUAUUCAAUUUUUAAUGUAAACAGAUAUAUGCAAUUGUGUGAUUGACAAAUGUCAAUUUGUUUACUAGUUAUUUUUAAUCGCUUUUUUACCGAUCGGUGUUUCUCUUUUUUUUUUUUGUUUUUUGUUCCGAAUAUACGCAAAACUGCUGCGUAAAAAAGAGAUUCUUUACGAUUGAGAUUCUGAAAUGCAAACGGUGGUCUCUCUGUGCACGUGAACACACGGUACGAGUUGUAGUCAAUGAACAGAAAGAGACCUAAUUUCACAGAUAAUUACAUUUCAUAGGUACUAAGGAAGAGAAUUCUUAACGGCAUAUUUUUUUUUCUCUCCCAGUUGGUCAUUAGUUUAAAAGAGCGGACAUACAAAUAAAACGCGGCACCGUUAGAAUAGACUUUCCGUUUGAAUAAACAAUGCGCAUCGCUAUUACACAAAUGAUACUUCGCGUAAUAUCGCGGCAUUUCUGUGCAAACUGAAAACAAUUAAGCUGCGAGAAGCUGCUUUGAAGUGUGUCAUUUUACAAUGUAGAAGUGUCUUUCCUCUGUACGAUAGGUAAGAAAAUGAAAAAAAAAAAUAAAGAAUUGGUGCAUUUAUAAAUGUUUAAUGUAUAUGUAUAUGCGUUUUCGAGCGCGCAAACUGCCAACGCGCGAUGAUGAUU